AUCUAAAGCUAGCCAUAAUGGAUAACAAAAUCUCCUUCUCCAACAUCAUCCUUUGGCUCGAGUCAUUAACAAACAGUCUCGCCAAAACAUCCCUAGUUACCAACCUUUCACUAAUCCAAGUACUUGUGUCAAUCUUAGUAGUACUUUUCAUCAAAUUUGGAUUCGAUACCCUUAGAAAACGUUCAUCCUUGUCCGCUUCCGCCCCACUACCUCCGGGACCAAAACCUUGGCCGAUUGUUGGAUGUCUUCCAACAUUACUUCGAAACAAACCAGCUUUCAGAUGGAUACUAGGUUUAAUGAAGGAUAUGAAUACAGAAAUCGCAUGUGUCCGCCUUGGGAAUGUUAAUGUGAUUCCAGUAACUUCGCCAGAACUAGCACGAGAGUUCUUGAAAAAACAUGAUGCAAUAUUUUCAUCAAGAGCAAGAAUGAUGGGUACAGAAUAUAUGACCCGUGGGUACUUGACCACGGUUUUUGUCCCGUAUGGAGAGCAGUGGAAGAAAAUGAGGAGAGUUAUAAGUUCUGAAUUGGUUAGUCCUGCAAGGCUAGAUUGGCUAUUUGAAAAGAGAAAUGAGGAAGCUAAUAACCUUGUUUUCUAUUUAUACAACCAGUGUAUGAAUAAGAAAUCAGUUGAUGGAGGAGGUGAAGUGGUUGACGUAAGGUUGGCAGUAAGACAUUAUACCGGAAAUGUAGUGAGGAAAAUGAUAUUCAAUAAAAGGUAUUUUGGUAAAGGAAGAAAAGAUGGAGGACCUGGUUUCGAAGAAGUCGAACAUAUUGAAUCUGUUUUUAAAGGUCUAAAUUUUGUGUAUGCUUUCUGUAUAUCAGAUUUUCUGCCUUACAUGAGAUGGUUAGAUUUCGAAGGCCAUGAAAAGAUUAUGAAGAAAACAAUGAAGGUCAUUCACAAGUAUCAUGAUCCACUCAUCGAAGAAAGAAUUCAACAAUGGAGAAACAAAAAAGACGGUGACAUGGCGAAAAAAGAACCCGAGGAUCUACUUGACAUACUCAUUUCGCUUGAGGUAGAUGGGAAGCCUUUGUUAUCAACAGAAGAGAUUAAGGCUGAAAGUGUGGAACUAUUCUACGUAACAAUUGAUAACACCUCCAAUGCAAUUGAAUGGGCAAUGGCUGAGAUGAUAACUCAACCUGACAUACUUCAAAAAGCUGUUCAGGAAAUCGAUAUGGUAGUGGGAAAGGACCGUUUAGUGCAAGAGUCUGAUUGCCCAAAACUCAACUAUGUAAAAGCUUGCGCCAGGGAAGCAUUACGACUUCAUCCACUAGAGUCCUUCAAUGUGCCGCAUGUAUCAAGCACAGAUGAGAUAGUGGCCGGAUAUUGCAUCCCUAAAGGAAGUCAUGUAGUAUUGAGUCGAUACGGGUUAGGCCGGAACCCAAGAGUUUGGGACGAGCCGUUGAAGUUCAAGCCAGAGCGUCAUUUGAAAUUCGAGGAUGGUUCAUUCGCUAAAGUCGAUCUAGCUGAGCCAGAUUUAAGAUUCAUGUCGUUCGGUACGGGCCGGCGUGGAUGUAUAGGGAUCCCUCUUGGUACUACAAUUGCUACCAUGUCAUUGGCUAGGCUUGUUCAAGGAUUUGAAUGGAGUGUCCCUUAUGGCGAUCAGUCGACAAUCGAUCUAUCUGAAUCCGAUAAUAAUCACUCUCUGGCUAAUCCUUUACUUGCCCAUGCAAAGCCACGACUUCCCUCGCAUGUUUACACAACCGCCAAGAUAUAGUUCUAUUUGAUUUGAAAGUCCAAGUGUGAAUAACAAUAAGACUAGUAGAGUCCCAUCUAGAUUUGGUUGUUUCGUUCGUGAAUUUCAUUUUGAUUCCUUUAAUUCAUGUAUGUGUGAAGGUUUGCAACUGAA